AUGACAGAUUUGGGGGAAGCCUUAUACAUUUUGGGAAUCGAAAUUAGCAGAAAUAGAAAGAGAGGUUUGUUGGGACUAUCACAGAAGACUUAUACAGAAAAGAUACUCAAAAGGUUUAACAUGCAAGGUUGUGCAGGGUCAGAUGUGCCUAUUUCAAAGGGAAAUAAAUUUAAUACUAAUCAAGCACCAAAGACUGAUCAAGGAAAGCGUGAGAUGGCAGAUAAACCUUAUGCAUCAUUAGUGGGGAGUCUCAUGUAUGCACAAGUAUGCACCAGACCUGAUAUUUCUUUUACAGUAAGUGUAUCGGGAAGAUUUCAAUCAAAUCCUGGACAAGCAUAUUGGACUGAUGGUAAAAGAGUCAUGAGAUAUUUGCAAAGAACAACGGAACUAUAA